ACAUGUUUCUGAAUGACUAUUGCUCAGUUGGGUUUUGCUUCUUUUCUUCGUUAUGUAGAUGCGCAAUUAAUACAUUAAAUUACAUAAUUUAUGCUUAUCGCAAAGCAGUGUCAUAUGUCAGUAAGGUGUUAUUUAUUCUAUCAGUAAUACAGUAAUGAACCGCAUUAGAAGCCGCAGCAUCUUCAUGUUUGUGCUCAGGAAAUAUUUGUCUCGACGCAUUUAUGGAGUCGGAUAUUAUUGCUCAGGAUCUUUUACUAAAGAUCAGAACAGAGUGAUGAAUUUAAAGAGUAAACUUGCAUCUGGUCCGAGUUUGCAGGACUUCAUGAAGAGUUCAGACCAGAGGUCUUAUGAGUUGCUUGAGGAACAUGAGGAGCACUAUAUUCCUGAAUCCACAGUGUCCGCAUAUUCAAGGAAAGUGUAUUUUGAGACAUACGGCUGUCAGAUGAAUGUCAACGACACUGAAAUUGCUUCAUCCAUUCUUCAAAAAGCAGGAUAUUCUCGGACACGUGAGCUUCCAGAGGCAGAUGUGGUGCUGCUCGUCACUUGCUCUGUACGAGAAAAGGCAGAGCAAACAAUCUGGAACAGACUCAAACAGCUCACUGCCCUGAAGAAGAGGCGUACAAAACAUGAGACUCCGUUGAAAAUAGGUGUCCUUGGUUGCAUGGCAGAAAGACUGAAGACUGAAUUGCUUGAGCGGGAGAAGUUGGUGGAUGUGCUGGCAGGACCAGAUGCGUACAAAGAUCUGCCCCGGUUGCUUUCUCUUGCUCAUGGUGGCCAGAGGGCCAGCAAUGUGCUGUUAUCAUUAGAGGAGACUUACGCUGAUGUCAUGCCUGUCCACCAGACGCUGCAGGGACACAGCGCUUUUGUGUCCAUCAUGCGUGGCUGUGAUAACAUGUGUAGUUACUGUAUAGUCCCCUUCACCCGUGGCAGAGAGAGGAGCAGGCCUAUAUCUUCAAUUUUAGAGGAGGUCCGGAUGCUCUCAGAUCAGGGAGUGAAGGAGGUCACCCUCCUAGGGCAAAAUGUGAACAGCUAUAGGGACCUGUCUGAGGAGCAGUUCAGCAGUUCUGAGGUCAACACUCAGCUCAGCCGAGGCUUUAAGACCGUUUACCGCACAAGACAGGGAGGCUUCCGCUUUGCGGACCUGCUGGACAGAGUGUCCCUCAUCAAUCCAGACAUUAGGAUACGCUUCACCUCACCACAUCCUAAAGACUUUCCUGAUGAGGUUUUGCACUUGAUUCAGGAGAGGAAGAACAUCUGCAAGCAGAUCCAUCUGCCUGCACAGAGCGGCAGCAGUCGGGUUCUUCAUGCAAUGAGACGUGGUUAUACCCGAGAGGCAUAUCUUGAGCUUGUGGGAAACAUUCGUAAAAUUAUUCCAGGGGUCAGUCUGAGCAGUGAUUUCAUCACAGGCUUCUGUGGAGAAACUAAAGAGGACCAUGAACAGACCAUUUCCCUCCUCAGGGAGGUGGGCUAUAACGUGGGCUUCCUCUUCGCCUACAGUUUGAGAAAGAAAACCCAUGCCUAUCAUCGUCUGCAAGAUGACGUCCCUGCGGCAGUGAAACAGCGGCGCCUGGAGGAUCUCAUCUCUGUUUUUAGAGAAGAAGCAGCUAAAGUUAACACAGCUCUAAUCGGCAGCAAACAGCUGGUGUUGGUAGAGGGAGACAGUAAAAGAUCUUCAGAGGAACUUUGUGGUCGAAAUGAUGGAAAUGUGAAGGUUAUUUUUCCUAAAACAGAUUUACCUGUUCAGCCUGGCAAACCACAGACAGUCUCCAUUACUCCUGGAGACUAUGUGUUAGUCAAGAUCACAUCAGCUAACUCCCAGAGUUUAAGAGGACAUGCCUUGAUCCACUCCUCCGUCAGCAAAACAAAAACACGAGAAUCUGAGUGAACAGUUUCAUGCCACAGAUUCCCUAACCUUUAUCACAGUUCAGUGUGUGCAUACUGCAAUGAAUUCAAAAUACAUAAAAAAAUAUUUUUGGAGGUGGAAUGCUCCAUGUAUUUCUUUAUGCAAAACAUGUAUCAAAUGCAAGGUAAAAGACUAGGUGUCUGUUCCAGAAAACAGGUUUAGUGACUAAACUGUGUACGUUUACUCAAAGGAAGCGGUUAACUUUCGGUUCCAAAAGCUGGAGUAACUUUCAGAGUAUGUUUGUAACUAUAACAACUUAGUCUGUGAGUGUAACAUGAUCCGGAGUAGGUUAUGUUCCAGAUCCACAGUUUUUUCAGGUAAAUAUCAUUAGUUACAAGGUACAAUGCACUUUUGAUAAUGGCACAGUUGGCGUGGAAACUUAUAUUACGCACAAGAUUAUACUUUUAAAGCAUUAUUAUGGUAUAUUGCAAUCUUUACCUCACAAAUCUUCUUGUGCCCUGCAUUUCCAGUCUCACAAUGCGGAUUUACAUUCAAAAGUGAACAAAUUGUGUACAUUGUUUUUCUUUUUCCACAUUCAUCACUGUUUAGAGAGUGCUUUAUGCAUUUACAUUCAGCACUAUAAAUCAUUUUCGUUUAUGAUAUUAAUAUUAUUAAUAUAUGUACAAAUAUCAUAGAUUGAAAUAGAACCCACAUUCUUUUCACAGUUAAUGAGUGUUAAUGUAUAAAUUAUAACAUUACAUUCAAUAGUAUCAAUAUGCAGGCAAUAUCUUCAAAUUCAAAGCUUAAGCAAUACAAUUCAGCACUCAU